GUGAAAAUAUGCUAGGAUGUGAUUGGAGGAGGUAGCUUCGAACUUUGUCGUCAUUUCUUACAUACUUUGAAAAUACUUUGUAUUUCUGCAAGCGAUUGUACACCAUAAUCAGCAUAAUAUAUUUCAAUUUAUGCCUUCUUUUGGUUUAUCCGGUUCAUCAUUUAUGUGUACACAAUUUCUAAAAAGUAUUGAAGGUAAGGGCUCGAACUAUGGCAUCUUGUUAACAUGGAUUGCGCGUUUCAGAACAUCACAUGAUAACAUGGAUAACAUGGUUGGCUGGUUUCAGUCUGGCUGGUAGGAUGUCCUCACGAACAGAUGAUGUUCUGUUUGGCCAUGCAACUCUACUGGAUGAGCUUGACCGGAAGGUGAUGGUUCUGCUGCGCGACGGACGCACCCUAAUCGGCGUGCUGCGCAGCGUCGACCAGUUCGCCAACCUGGUGCUCGACAGGACCACCGAGCGAAUACACGUGGGCAAGCAGUUUGGUGACAUCUACCGCGGCAUCUUUGUGGUGCGCGGCGAAAACGUCGUGGUCGUCGGACUCAUCGACGAGAUGCGCGAGGGCACAGUCGGCCUCCAGGAGGUCUCGGUCGAGGAGAUCCUGGAGGCGCAGCGUCAGGUGCAGGAGGCCCGCCACCAACAGGAGCAGCUGCGGGUUAAGGCCAUGAAGGAGCGGGGACUGACCUACACGGCCGACCUGGGUCCCGAUGACAUGUACUGACCGAGCGGGGAGCCGGUCUGGGAAGGGGCUACCAGGGGUCUGUCGUGUGUGACGGUGCGGAUGAGGACGGUUGUGGUUGGUGAGCGUUGCAUAUGGUACUGAGUUGGUGGAGAAGUGUGGUAACGGUGAACUGUUCGUAGCCUGCUCGAGCACAACUCUUGAGACACUGGCCUGCUGAGAGGUGCUCAGACUGAGAGGAGCACGACCGCUCGCUGUGACGGCUUUGAGGGAGGCAGUUUUAAUAUCGAUUGCUCUCUGUCCGUGCAGCGCUGUUGCCGCACCCCGGUGAUCUGACCUAUGUGGGUGCCGUUAGGCGGAGUAAGUGCUACCCAAGAGACGUUUUCCAGCCAUGAGAGGUCCCGGUCACACAUAUGAGGGGUCACCUGACGAUGACUUACAUUGUUGCCCUUUGUGACGCUCCGGGUGAAGCUCACAGGACGUUAAGCGAUGUCCUCGCCCUGUGGAUGACGAUGAUGAUGAUGUGGCUGCUGACAGGGAAUGUGGCCGGAGCGAUGUGCUUGGUGAGGCCGCAGUUUUUCUGUGAUACAGAGCAUGUUACCUCCUGAUUUGAUAAGUUGUUUCGGUGAAUAUUUUGUACUUUAUUCUAAUAAAAAUGUCGACGACGAUCGUUUUUUGUUUUGUGCAAAUGAUCUGGGCAUGAUUUUGUUAGCUUGUCUCUGGAAAAAUAUAUCUCAUUUAUAUUA